CGGGCGGCGCUGCGGCGGCGGCGGGCGCGGCGGGGCGGCCAUGGCGGCGGCGCGGCGGGUGCAGCUCCGGCGGCCGCUGCUGCUGCUGCUGCUGCUGCUGCUGCUGCUCGGCGCGGCGGGGCCCGGCGCUGAGGCCGCUCGGAGCCGCGGGGCCGAUCGCCAGAACAGCCUCCGCCGCGCCGCCAGCGGCCUCUACCAGGGCGUCAGCGGCCUCUUCGGCGAGGACAACGUGAGGGCCCUGCAGAAGUUUUUCUCAAGGUUGACAGAGAGGUUUGUGAAUGGGGUGGAUGUAUUAAUGGACACAUUCUGGAGAAUAUGGACUGAUUUGUUAGAUGUUCUUGGAAUUGAUGCCUCCAACCUGACCCAUUACUUCAGCCCAGCAGCGAUUGCCAACAACCCCACCCGCGCCCUCCUGCUGAUCGGUGCCAUUCUACUGGCCUAUUGGUUUUUGUCCCUCUUCCUGGGAUUCUUCUUCUACCUGCUGCACAUGCUGUUCGGCCGCUUCUUCUGGAUCGCCAGGGUGGCGCUGUUCACCCUGUCGUGCGUCUACAUCCUGCAGAAGUACGAGGGCGACCCGGAGCACGCCGUGCUGCCGCUCUGCUUCGUCGUGGCCGUCUACUUCAUGACGGGGCCGGUGGGAUUUUACUGGAGGAGGAACAGCAACAGCAGCCUGGAGGAGAAGAUGGAUCACCUGGAUAGUCAGAUCAGACUGCUGAACAUCCGCCUUUCCAGGGUGAUCGAGAACCUGGACAGGGGCAGCGAGCAAUGAGCCCGGCCCCCUGCUGACCACUGUACACCAGCUCCGGGAAGUUCCUAAGCACUGUCUCACCCGAAGUUACAAAGCAACAAAACAUCACAUGGUAAAAAGUGCGCAAAGUUAUAACUUUUCAUCAUGUCUGAGACUAAUUUAUCUAGGUUAAACACGUUAGACUUCUAGGAGAAAGAAAAAAAAAAAAAAAAAAUUUACGAAAUUCAGCUGUAUAUUCCGAGUUUUAUCCAGUACUAGAGUUUUCUCAGUAGAUAAACGCUUACUUUUACAAGCAAUUAAAAACAUCUUUUGUAAAGUUUUUAUAAAAGCAAAUUGAGUAGUCUUUCAGAUAUUGAAAUUGAGUUAAACGUAUGCAAAUUUGACACUUUAACAGUUAAAAAGAAAAAAAAAAAUCUCAAGCUACCAAGCACUUCCAUUGAGAAGUAACUGCUGUGGGUCCAUAUUUUUUCUUCAGAGUUGUGAAUGUUUGUGUGUUUUUGUUGGCUUAUUUCAUUGCCUUGAAGUUGCCUUUCAUAGAGUAUCAGAUGAGGAAUUUUCUGGUAUCCGGGCCAAAAAAUUCACACCAUAGCUUUUAACAGGAGGUGGGGAAUGAGGGAGAAGGAAGAUCUGAAGUCCUUAAAUGCCAGUCCAGUGUGAGGAAGCACAGAUGUGGCAUUUUACCAUUGCAUUUCAUCCUGAGAACUUUGAUUUGUUAGUGUCUGGAAGGAAAUCUGCUGUAAUAAAUUGGCACAGCAGGAAGAUGUAACGUGACAAAUUGUAAUUCAUAUUCGAUCUGCACAGUGAAGCAUUUUCCAAGCUUAAGUGCAUAGACUAAAAUAUGAUUUUUAAUCUCAGGACCCACAUACUUUCUCAGAAAAGGCAGCAGCUAAAACACGUGCUCAUGUAUUGUUGCUUAAAGCUUUCUCAGGACCAAUAAGCGGCAAUAAAUUACCUUCAGGAAGAUCUGGAUUUUUUUUCUAAAAUUAUAAUAGUUUUAUAGGAGCUUUUUGCUUGAAGUCUGUGUCCUCAUUAGGUUUUGGGCAAAGCAAGUCACCUUUAAGAGGAGGGUGCAGGAAAAGGUUCUCUCUCAAAGCAGUGGAGCUUUGAAGCAGUUUUAUUUUGCAGGAUUUCUGUUUGUAUUAGAAUUAAUGAGCUUGGUAGGGUAUCACUGGCUGUGCUGGUUUACUGAAACAAAGGUAACCUCAGGGAAGGAAGUCUGGAAUGUGGUUUCACCUGGAAACAGCAGCAUCCUAGGACACAGAUGUGCAGAGGGAGGGGUGGGAUGGAGCACAGCUGGAACAUUCCAUAUUCCAUAGGGUCCAAACCAACAACUCCAUCAAAAAGCUCAACAAAAUUGGUGUGUGAUGGGGCCUGGCUCCAAAGCAAGGGAGUGAGGAGGAGGAGGUUCCCCAGGUGUGCCUGCCAGUGCCAGUGCCAGCUCCAGUGGGACAGGCUGAGCACAGCCUGUUCUUCCACUGGGCAAAGCUUUUGUUGGAUGUGAUGCUUAACUGAAUGUAACUGUGGGGCAAAGAAUUGAUUUUUCUCUUUAUGCUGAAGUUUAAUGUUCUUCUUGGAAUGUGUGUGUUACUUGCCUAACCUCUUUGGGUCUGUGUGUGACAUUUCCAUGGGGGUUAUUUUUAAAUCCAUGUUAAUGGCCUUUACUCCUGGUGAUCACUUUGGUUCAACACAGUUGAAGUUCAUAUGCACUUGGCACAGUUGGAAUGCAUUUUAAUUUUUUAUGUCACCUGUAAAUCCCCCUGCACCCCAUUUAUUAACUAGUACAUGGUUUAGAGUUGUUAAAUAACUGGUUAUCACAACUUAAAAUCUUUCCUGUGAACAGGUAGGGACUAUGGCAACAUUGCAACUUUGUCAAGGUAGAAAUGUAAAUUACAGUAAAUUCCUUUUUCCAGCUCAUUUUCCAUAGUAUUACAGAGUCUUCCCUGUAAACUCAGUUCUCCCUUGUUUUGCACAGAGGACUGGGCUAAAACACCGACCUGGAAAUUUGGAAUUGACUAGUAAAGCUUGUCAGGUCUUGAUGUGUUUUGUCAGAUUUGAGACCUGAGGACCAAAGUUUGCAAACCUUGCUCAUGUCAGUAGCUCCAUCACCUUCUUAGGACAAGGUGCAUGGGUCAGUUUGCAUAGAUUGUAUUUUGUGUAAUCCACAUUUAACAUUGAAGUUAAAAAUACUGAAUCAUUUAUAUAUUAAGAGUUGUCUAUGAUAAAGAUUUCUUUAAAAGUAUUAUAUAAAAGUUAAUUUGGGUUAUAGUUUCUCCCUAUCUCACUCUUAUAAUUUCUCUUAGUUUUGUAAAACCAGCCCUUCUAUAUUAAUGCUCUUCAUUUCAAUCACCCUGCUGCUUGAAAAAUGGUAUUUUUAUAUUUUCUUGCAUCCCAUGUAUAGCAAAAUGUUAUGUGAAAAGCAGUAUAUAUAAAAUUGGGUAUUUUUAAUCAGUAUUUUUCCCAGCACUCAGUUUUCACGUUAGUCAAAUUCAGAAGUAAUGAUUUUUUUAAAGCACAAUCUAAUCUUCAAUACAUAUAUAUAUAUAAAUAUAUAUAUAUAAAUAUAUACUUUAAAAAUCUCUGUAUUUUUAAACAUGCACUGUAGUGAAAGCGCUUUUGGGGGACAUGAAUGUGGUAUUGUACUUAAUCUCUUUCAACUUUUGUAAAUACCUUUUACAAGUAUUUUCCAUACUGGGCCAUCUAGUUUAUCCAUGGAGGUUUUUUGCUGUUUUUUAGAAACCCGUGCCAGUGGCUGCACUGCUUUUUGUAUCCCACAGAGCAUCCCAGAGAUGGGCAGGGCUCUGUGUCCCCUGUGGACAAAGCAGGUGACACCUGCCCUAGGUGGGGGUGGCACAGGACAAACCUCAGCAGGUGACAGGGAUGGCACAGGACAAACCUCAGCAGGUGACACCCAGCUGGGGCAGGGAUGGCACAGGAUAAACCUCAGCAGGUGACACCCAGCUGGGCACAGGACAAACCUCAGCAGGUGACACCCAGCUGGGGCAGGGAUGGCACAGGACAAACCUCAGCUCCUGCUUUUUUCCAUGACUUCUUGGAGCAGUGGAGCAGCUCUGCCACAGCCACAGCCUGCUGUGCCCUGCUGGAAGCUGCUGCUGGGGCACAGGUGACACGGGGACAGCCCCACCUGGCUGCUCCUGCAGGAUGGAUCUUGCUCCUGGACAUUCCUGCAGCCUCUGGAGAAGCCAUCCCUGUGUGUGUGGCUGGCACAAGCGCUGAGGAUGAAUUUUGGCUGCCCAGGAUGCCCGUGGUUCCCAGGGUUUCCCCCUGCCAGUGCUCCCGUUCUGGCUCCUCAGGACACACACCUGUGGGUACCUGUGUGUGCUGGGCUGUGGCUUUCCCGUGGUGUUGGGUGUCAGAGUGCAGUGUUCAGACCUGCUGUAGCUCAGUGCUGUGCUUCUAGCUCGUCCUUCACUUCGUGAUUUGCUUCUCAAGACUCGUUGCAUCGUCGGUGUGGAGAAUAGAACAGUAUCAACCUUAGCUCUUCGGUGGUGUGGAAGUGUUUCAGUGUGGUUUGCCUCACAUACUGAUCCCUAUUUGGCAGCUAAUGGCGUUAAGUGACCAUGAGUUCUCUUUGUCUGGGUUGGAAAAUAAAAGGUUUUAUUGUAUCCGCAUGUAUUUUAAACUUUUUGGAGAUUUCCAUCGACCUGUGAUGACAGCACAUGUAAAAAUCGAUCUUUUCCUUUUAUUCAGAAGUUAUAUUUGCUGUGGUAGCACUUGUUGUUGGCGCUGAUGGUAGUGAUUUCACAUCAUGUUUUGUACAUCAGGUUUCAUGAUUACAGUGUUUAAGUUUGUACAAUUGUUUAUGUAAAAAUGAUUUGGUCUGAAGAGAUGCUGUGUGUUCACUUCUGAUCCUAGACACAUACGAGAUCCUAAUGGUAAUACUGUUAAGUAGUUACAACUGUACCAGACUUAAUUUUUACAGAGCUUUACAUGCCUUUAUUUAUUCCUUUACUGGACCAUCCAAACUAUGUACUCCGUAGUUCAGUAUUUGUAGACCAGUUUCACAAAUCAACUUAAGGUAUUGUGGCAAAGCUUUGAAUAAAUGUUUACUGAGACUUUG